AUUUGAGUGUCUUGGCUCAUGUGAUACAGGAUAGGAAUAGUGAGCUGUCCAAUGUAAAAACCCUAAUAAUGUAAAGCCUAUAUAAAGGCUAAGUGAUGUUACCAAAUCUUUAAGGGAGUAAGAGAGUAAAAUGUUUCUUAGCUAAAGAGCCGCUGAGCUCCUUCAAACGGAAACAAAAUCAAAAGCUUGAUUAUCUCUCUACUAGUAAAGUAAAACCCAUCGGCGGUACACAACAUCGCCUGAAUCUUGCUUCGUCUCUCUCUCUUUCGGCUUCGUCUCUGCUUGGUGAGAGGUUCCAUUUUUCAGACUCUGUCAAAUGGCUUUCAGCUCUGUAGCGGCUUUCAUUUCCAGAUCUAAACCCUAUCAGUCGAGGGCUAGGGUUUAUCUCUCACUUCCCUUUUCCAGAUUCCAACCAAUUUCAUACAGAGAGAUGAGUACUAGCUACAAGCGGUUCGAUGGCGGAGACGAUUUCCCACAGGAAGAAAAGGAGAAAUGUUGGGAGAACGCAAAGAUUGUCCAUGGGAUGAACAAAGAUAGAUGGCGCCUAGAUGUCCAAGGAAACCCGGUUUGUAAGGCCUUAAACCAAGGUUUUCUUGGAUCAUAUUGCUACGAGUUUCAUGCCAUUGAUAAAGACAAGGAACUGACUGCCGAAAACUGUCAGAUUCUGUCUGCCCCUGCAGCCCGAGGGUUGAAGCCAGAUACCUUUACGCAACAAGAUAUGAAGCUUGUUGAAAUAGCUCUCUACAAUGACAGUGAAGAGAAGUGAUGAGGAUCCAGAAGCUAUAACAUGUUGUGCCACUUGAGUUUAUCUAAUCUCUGUGUUGUAUGACUUUUUUAGCCUUAUCUAAUUUAUGCUGUAUGACUUUAGUAGCAUUAUCUAGUCUAUGUUGUACUAUGCGUAUCGUGAACAAAAUGAGAAAAUGAAGAUUGUCUAAUUCAUUUCGAAAAA